CAAAGAAAAGUUUGGGUAUAAAAACCGUGGUUAAACUGCGGUUUGCAUCACUUUCUUCUAAUAAUCGCAAGAUGAAGGUAUUCGUUGUACUCGCAGCUUUCGUGGCGUGCAUUGCCGCUACUCCCAUGGUCAGAAUUGACCCAGAAGAUGACUGGAGAGUAGUUGGUGGUUCAACCGCCAGCGGUGGUCAAUUCCCUUUCAUCGUUUCCCAAAGGAGUGGUUCCACCACCAGUCACAUGUGCGGUGGUUCCAUUCUUAACAACAGAUGGAUUCUUUCUGCUGCUCACUGUCUUACUGGAUCUGGAACCAUCACUUUCGUAGCGGGAUCUAACCAACUCCUUUCUGGAGGAACCAGAUUUUCCGUCAGCAGACGUAUCUUGCACGCUAACUACAACCCAAGCACCAUCGCCAACGAUGUCGCUGUUGUCCAAGUAGGCAGCAACAUUGGAUUCACCACUGCUAUUCAACCAGUCUCUUUGACAACUUCCGCCGUUGGUGGAAACGUUGCCGUCACCCUUGCCGGUUGGGGUCGUUUGUCCCAAGGUGGUUCCAUCCCAAAUAACUUGCAAUUCUUGCACAAAUCGACCAUCACCAACGCCGUUUGCCAAUCUCGUGUCAGCCCCAACCCAAUCUUCGCUAGCAGUCUUUGCACCACCACCCCAUCCGGACAAGGAGCUUGCCAUGGUGACUCCGGUGGCCCAUUGGUUCUCCGUAACACUCGCACCCAAGCCGGUAUUGUCUCCUGGGGUAUCCCAUGCGCACGUGGAUUCCCUGAUGUCUACGCUAGAGUAUCAUCCUUCAUUGCCUGGAUCAACAAUGCCAUCAGUUCUUAAAUUUUUGAAUGUAGUGGUACUGUAUGUUUUGAUUUUUGUAAAAAUGAAAAAUAAAGUAA